GAAGAAGAAAAAAACAUGGCGGAUGCAGAAGCAGCGAAGUCUCUGAGCGGUUUGUUGAACGGAAUCGCUCAGAAAGUUUAUUACAACAACAGCGAGAUCACGGAGCAGCUGCUGAAGCGCGAGCUGUUCCCGGAGCUGCCGCAGGACGCGUUCACGGCCCUGCACGACAAGAUGAGAGGCCUCAUCAAGUCUAUCGCCACAGCAGACAUGGACCACGCCCAGCUGGAGGCCUUCCUCACAGCUCAGACCAGGAAGCAGGGCAGCGGCGGGGUGAACGCCGAACAGGCCGCCGCCCUCUCUCGCUUCUGGAAGAGCCAGCGGGUCCGGGUGAGGGAGAGCCUGCUGUCUCAGAGCCGCUGGGAGCCCGGACUCAGGGGCCUCUCCUGGAGGGUGGACCUCCAGACCGCCGCCGGCCGGGGGGACGCAGCCCACAGCGGCCCGGUCGCCCUGAUGGAGCUGGAACUGGGCAGGGCCGGACAGGACUCGGAGUUUGUGUGUCUGGAGUUUGACGAGGCCAGAGUGAACCAGAUGCUGAAGAAGAUGGCAGACAUCCAGGAGAGCAUCGACAGGAUUGUUCACCGCACCUAAAAAACAAACAAAAAAACAACUGUGUGUGUGAGAGUUUGUCUCAGAGAAACACUGUGAUUCUCCAGCCGCCUCUUCCUGUUGGAUCUGUUUCAUCUCCUUCAACAGCAUCACACAGAAUGGACCCUGAACGGACAUCCUGUAAAAAGAUAUAUGAUCGCCGUACACUUCUGUUCGUGCUCACAUAUGACUCUGGACGAAGUGACUUGUUGAUGGACCAAAAGUUUUGUUUCCUUUCUUUACCUUCCAUCAUUCAAAGUGCUGCACUGUUUUACUGUUGUGUGUUACAGGGUGUUGGUGUGGUCGUCCUCUGACGGGAUGAAGGUUCCUCUCUGAUCAUAGCUGCAAAAAGAGCAAACAAACAAACUAUUUAGUAGUAAAAACAUGACGAUGCAAUGUGGAAAUUAUGAUUAAAAUGAUUUAACUUUGAUUCUAAAGCUGCGUUCAGACUGAACGUGGAGUAAAUGUCCGAGAUGCAGCGAUAUGGAUCCACACAAAGUCGAUGCAAAGACGAGCGUGGAUGCAAAAACAUUCAGCCGGAGGUGCAACCACUCCAAGUUGAAAAUGUUUCCACUAGUGU